AUGGCUACCACCAAGCGUACGCGUGAGGAUGAGGAGGGUUUUGAAACACCGGGCAAAAGGAGGAAGACCUCCACCUCUUCUGCUGGACUGUCACAAGCAGCUGAGAUCAGUGAAGAAGACAGACUACUGCUCAGGCUCAAGGACGAGGAGAACCUUCCAUGGAAAGAGAUUGCCGCAAGGUUUCAGACCGAUAUGGGCAAGAGCUUUCAAGUUCCGGCGCUCCAGAUGCGGUUGAAGAGGCUGCGGGAACGCCUGCGGGUCUGGACUGAUAUGGACGUCAAGGCUUUGCGAAUGGCGCACGAGUACUACAUGGAGAACAAGUUUGAGAUCAUUGCUGCGAAGAUGGCCGAAUUCGGUGCUUCCGACAAAUGGACCUCGAAGCAAUGUGCUCGGAAAUGGGUUGAGAUAGAACCCAGCGCCACGCCUUUUAUCACGACGCAAGACGACAAUACGCCGAGCUACUCGUUUACUGCCAGCCCUGUUGAGGCUCCCAGUUACCUGCCUUAUCAUCUCCACAUGCCGCAAUGA